AUGUCCGUGUGUGUGACGCAGGCAGCGCUGCUGGAGCCCAAGCGGAGCCUCGCCCUCGGCGUCUUCCUCAAGCAGCUCAAGCGGCCGGUGCGCCAGAUCGUGCGGGACAUCCAGGAGGGCAUCGGUGCGCCCUACGGGGCCGAGAAGCUGCUGGAGCUGUCCCGGCUGCUGCCUGGUGCCGCAGAGGUGGCGCGGCUGCGCGCCUUCUCCGGCAGCCCCUGGCAGCUCCCCGACCCUGAGCUCUUCAUGAUGCUGCUCACGGAGGUGCCCAGCUACACCCAGCGCCUGGAGCUGCUCGUGCUGCAGGAGGAGUUCUUCCCCCGGCUGAGCGCCCUGCGCGGCUCCAUCCAGACCCUGACGGAUGCCGCCACGGAGCUGUUGGAGUGUGAGGAGCUGCACACCAUCCUCCACCUCAUCCUCAGCACGGGCAACCACCUCAACUCGGUGAGCUGGCACUGCGGGCGCUCUCCCACCCUGCGCUCUGCAGGGCCGUGGUGA